CGCUGAAAGCUUCAUCGAAAGCUCCACGGAAUAUACGCUGUUUGUAUAAUCGAGAGGAUUGAUAGUAGUGAAGAAGCAUAUUGUGGGCUUACGUUUUAGCGGCUUUUACGUCUGGAAAAUCAAACUAACCCUACUAACACAUCGCUUUGCUAACCACAUCCCCAUGGCUUCCACGUGUUUGCUUCCUUUCGUCAAUUAAAAUAGCGAUGUAGCGAAGGGGUUGCGCUGUGGAGGCGCAGGUCGGCUCUACGAUGCCGGGCGCAUAAUGUACCCCAUGGUGCAACAACAACAGCAACAACAGCAGCAACAGCAACCCCAACAGCCAGGCCAGCAACGGCGAGCGUCCCACAACGAGCCACAGGAAGACACCACCGCAAUAAGACAUCAUAGAUCUCGUAGGCCUUUGUAUCGACGGCUUUUCAACUACGUCAGGGAAGCCUGGACCGGAGUUAAGUUCGCUUUAGACUCGGAACUCGAGGACUUGGAGACCCCGCCACGUUACCGACCGGACAGUCUGGAGGCCCUCUGCAAGGCUACGAGGUUCACCCAGGCGGAAAUCAAAAGGAUAUAUCGCGGGUUUAAGGCGGAGUGUCCGACAGGCGUCGUCAAAGAGGAGACGUUCAAGAUGAUUUAUUCACAGUUCUUUCCACAAGGUGCCAACACCAGCCAAUAUGCUCAUUACGUGUUCAAUACUCUGGAUCAGGAUCACAGCGGACUAAUUAGCUUUGAGGAUUUCGUGCAAAAUCUGUCCAUUUUAUCUAGGGGUUCUUUAGAUGAAAAGUUGCGUUGGGCCUUCACUCUUUAUGAUAUAAACGGAGAUGGGUGCAUCACACGUGAAGAAAUGACGGAUAUUGUUAGCGCUAUCUACGAUCUGAUGGGAAAAGUUUCAGAACCCUCCGUCGACGAAGACACCGUGAAGGAAAAGGUCGACAGGAUAUUUCAGAAAAUGGAUAAGAACAAAGACGGCGUUGUGACUCUGGACGAGUUCCUGGAGUGUUGCAGGAAAGACGAAGACAUUUCUUCUUCCAUGGCCGUGUUCGACUCAUCGAUAUGACGUUCACCCGUCGGCGUUCGUCCACCUCCAUCCUGGACAUGAGCGAAUGUCGACCCGGAAUGCACACAAUGACCAACGUAAACUUUAAAUAAUUUAAAUGAAAAGUGAUAAAAUUAACUAACGAUCUAUGAAAAGUGACAAGCUACGGUGUGGAACGAAUGACUUUUCUGGUUUGGACGGAAUCGUUGUUGGCUGUCUUGUCUACGGCUGGGCCGGAAGUCGCUGGCCCAGCGUAGACCGGACCACAUAUCUUGGCACUUUGAGCUUAAUCCCGAUUCGUUGUGCACCGUCUGUUUGUAUAUUUAUACCAAAUUUCUUACAGUUUUUAUAAAAAAUGUGUAGAUAAAAGUAUAUUUUAAAUAUAUAAAAAUAUUAAACCUCCGAUAAACAUAGAUUGUAGACUUAAAAAAUGCGUAAACAGAUGUACUCUAAAAGGAUGUUAUAGUUUAAAUAGGUAUGUAUAACCUGCUGUGGUAAAUCGUAUUCGUUGUGUACCAUUAGUUCUGGGUAACUUGUUUAAUCUCACCCUUAUGCAAAAUUUUGACUGCUGUAUCUACCCGUACUGUUAAGUCGCUUAAGCUAUUUAAAUAGUUGGUUGAAAAAGGUACCAAAUUUUUAUUUAUUAGCAGACACUCGUGCCAAUUUUAGUCCAGUCUGUUAAUAAAUAAAAGUAUGCACACAGUAAACACGUGUACAAAUGCUUCAGUUUAGUCUAACAGAUAACACCAAGUUGCUUUGGAUUAGGAUCUGAAAUAAGUUAUAUCCCUUGUUACUUAAUCGACAUAGAUAUUUUUAUAUUAGCCAGUUAAUAAUAUCUACAGAAUUGUGAAAUUCGGUAUAAAGCUUUUAAAUCGUUCCCAAAGUGGGUAUUUUAUAUUUGGGAAAAACUCUAGAGAAGUAAGUGAAGCGACUAUAUCAUAAAUUACUAGGGAGCUAGUGAGCCAUAUUCGUUAGACAUAUCUAUAUGUCAUUAUAUAAAUUUUAGAUAUUAUUGUUGAUAAAUGUAAGACUGUUCGAUGUAUUAGAUUCUAAAUGUGUGAUCCAUGUUAGUCAAAAAACUGACAAUAUUUUGGUUAGAAAACGUUAUAUAAAACUAGCUUUUUUAUUACGACGAUUAUUUUAUAAUGGAGCGUCUCUGGUGCUAUGUACCAAAUUGAUGAUGAGGAUGACGAUAUUCUUCUCUUGUGUACCUAUAGGUGUAUAUUUUUAUUAUUAUCCCUCACUGUAUCGAAAUUAGUGCUGUGCCAAAUACGAAAGUCACACAUCAGUGACCUAGCGGUACAGAAAAUCACAUCUUUCGUGAGUAGGUUUCAGCUUACUGUUAUUAACUAUGAUCGAAACUGAUCAACACAGUACAUACAAUCUAAAUCACUAUAUUUGUAUAGGAUAGAAUAUAAGAGUCGUCUUAAUGUUACGUCGAUGCAUCAUUGUUAUGUAUAAUUAUUGGUUGUAUAUAAAAAAGAGAAUCUUUUUAUGUAUUCGUUCUUCCUGUUAUCAACUUAUUACCUUAUAAUCACAGCUUUAAAUCGUUUUACGAGACUUCCCAUAUAAAGACUUAAUCUUAACGUGUACAAGUCGACAUAUUGAAUUGUGCUGCAUUAAUUGAUCGCUUGCAACGUUUUAUGUAAUUCAGAAUCUGAAACUGUCAGUUGUGUUUUGUUUUAUUUAAAGUUUAAAUUUUAUAAUUAGACACUGCUUUAAUAAACGAUAUAUGUUUAAA